UGAAAUUAAAAAAUGAACAGAAUUUAAAUAGCCACCCAAAAAUGGGAUUUGUUCAUUCACUCUUUCCAUUUUAUCUUUUUAAGCAAAAAAAGAAACACGAAAAUAUUUCUUUUUUCUUCUCAAAUUGGGUGGAAAUGUUUCUAAUUCAUAUUUAUCUUUUUAAGCAAAAAAAGGAAUAUGAAAAUGUUUCUUUUUUUCUUCUCAAAUUGGGUGGAAAUGUAUCUAAUUCAUAUUUUUGUUCUUUUCCAUCAUGAAUAGCUAAAUUUUUACGUCUUCAGCUCUGAGUAGUAAAAUGAAACUGAGUAGUAAUUUGGAGUAAAGCUUUUCCCCUUUUUAUAUUUUCUUUCCCUCUCCAUUAUUUCCUUUCUGUCUUUAUUGCUAUAAACCCCGACUCCGGCUCCGGCUCCGGCGAGAUCCUACCCUACAGCUCCGCCGUCCGGUUCCGGUCAGACCCAAGCGACCGGCGACCCUCUGAAGGGAGCAGAUAAAUGGGAAUGUCGGCAGCAAGCUCUGUCAGUGAAGCUAUGAAAUUGUGCAUAUUUGAUUUGAGAAGGGGACAACAUGAAGGGCAGGAGUUGGACAAGAUUUUAUAUUUCUUUCCUGCUGAUUUGCCUUUCCCCACCCAACUCUCUGUGAUAGGGCUUAGUGAAGGACUCAUAACAUUCACCAGAAUAUUCUCUCCAGAGGAUCCAUGUGAGGUUAUAGAAGCAGAGAAGCACUCCCAUGUUUUCUACGAGGCAGAGCGUGAUAUCUGGAUGGUGAUGGUGGUGGAAAAAAGUGAUUCAGAAGCCAUAUGGCGGACUUCCGCUUUACGAAGUGUUCUUAAAGAAGUUCACUCUCUCUUUGUGAUGUUUCAUGGGUCCAUAAGAGCAUUACUUGAUAGAGAACCGAGUGGAGGGCUUAGUCGGACGCAUUUGUAUUAUUUCAUUAUGGAUUAUUUAAGUGAUUUUCUUUCUGGGAAGAAGCUUCACUUGCCAAAUUUCCGUGACUCUUUGAAGGAGCGUGGAAUGGUACAGAUGUUGACUAUUGGGAGGGAGGCAGCACUUGAAGUUCAGUCACUUGUAAGAGUGCUAAAAUCAUGUGCUGGCUGCACACAGAGCUACUCACUGAUCAUGUUCCAGGACUUGCUGGUGUCCACAACUCUUUCUCCUGAUGACCUGAUUAACCUAUUCACAUAUACUGUCAUGAGGUUGACCCCAAAUGCUCUGUCUGCUGGAGCUAGCUCCUGGUCCUAUUUACGCAAGGGAAGCACUACUUCUAAUGCUUCUGGGUCUUUAUUGACAAGCUCUAACUUGGUUUUGGACCCGUACUACAGUUCACGGGAUACUUCUCCAGUUGGAGUUCGUAGCUAUCAGGUUGUUAGGCCCUUACAGCAUGAGAAAUGGUCCAAAGGGAAGGAUGGUUUCCUUGUUAGUGAUAUUUGGGGCACAGAAGUUGGCAGCUUGAGUCCUAGCAGUCCAACAAUUUUGUUCAAGCAAACAGAGGAGAGAAUGUAUCUUUGUGCCUUUCAGCAUAGGAGCCUCACCAUAAUACUUUUCAUUCCUGUCACAUCUGUACACAAUGGGGAGCAAGGGUUGUCAGUGGUGAAGCAGCAAAUUCUGGAGAAUGCUUCACCCAAGAUAUUCAAAGUUGAAGAGAAACUAUCCCGAGGAUGGGAUGGCGAGAAUGCAUAUCAUGUGAGUGGUUACCGCUACUUACUUGUGGAUGGUGAUAGAUGUAUCUCUCGGGCAUCCCCACCUGGAAAAGUAACAACUCUUGCAAAGGAUUCAUUAGUUGCAAUGAGUAAGCUCCGAGAAGAGGUUGACUUAGAAAAGAGCAGAGCUAAAUGUGAUGGCUCUGACUGCGAGAAAGACCAAGAAAUAUGCAUUAGAGCAAAAAAUGGUGCUUGGGUGAUUUCUCGGUUGACACGAGGGAAGGAGCUUUACAUGGUACUUGAGAAAGCCAAUGAAACCCUUCUUUACGCCUCUGAGGCUGUUGAAAAGUUCAGUGACAGGUACUGCAGUGGAGUUUUUUCUUUGUAAUAGGGAAGCCAAUUUUUUAUUUUGCCAAGAGAGCUAUACACAGGAAAGCUAUAGCUAUUAGUUUGCUGUUAGCCCAAAUGUGUGUACUUUUUGUAAGUAAAUAAACUUCACCUUGUAUAAUGAUGCAUUUUUUCUCCUUUGUAAUUUCAAGUACCAAUUUGUAACCCAAUCACCGUCGGAGAAAUGUGAAGUAAAAAAGAAGAGAAGAGAGAACUAGUCCUAGUUGAGUUAUUAAGAAUUGUUCACUGCCAGAGCAUACAAUGAUACAAAAUAGACCACACGAGCAAGUGGGAGAUGCUUCCGCUUUACAUGACUUGACUUAAAUGAAGAAUGUUAUCCCGAUAUUUCCUCAUUUUCAUUUUAUAUUGGUAUUUGAUUGGACCUCCUUCGGAAGGUAGGGGUGAGAUCUGUGUACACUUUAUCCUUUCAAGACUCCACAUGCGGAAUUAUAUUGAAUAUGUUAUUAUUGUUAUUG